UCACUACGGUAUAUAGUCCGCGGUCCUUGCGCAGGCACGAACACGCACGCGAUCGACAUGCAUCAUUUGACGCAGCUAAACGCGACUGCAAACACUUCCACGCCCAAAGUGGAGCAGAGACGCGUUCAGUGGAAAUGGUGGUGGCCAGGCGAGAGUGCACGGUGGCAGCGUUUCGGCUCAAAUCAAUCAAUCAAGGUAGCCGGAUUCGAGCGAUCCUUCGGUAACGUGAGCCCCCGUGUCUGCGAAUCAGUGAAUCUAGAAGCGUAUAAGCCCCCCUCACUGAACAAAAAUCCAUGUUACCAGGGCAAUUACGAAAAUCAUACAAUUAUUCCCAUAUAG